AUUAAACGAAACGAAGGAUUAAACGAAUAGUUAACCAAACCCCAAAUAUAUUAUCAAAAUGGCUAUAGCUCAGAAAAUUGCCCUUGCCCUUGUGCUUUUGUGCCUUGUGUGUGAUGUGGUGCUGUGUCAGCAAACGGGCUCCAACAGCAGCAGCAGCAGCAGCGAUGCCGAUGUUGCUGAGAGUCGCACAUUUGGACAUCAUUUCUUGCGCCGCAUGAGCUUCGCUGUGGUUCCCGGCGCCUUCGUGGUGGGCGUUAUAACCACGCUGCUGGCAGCCCUAACUGUGGUAUCCAUGAAGGGUCUCGGCGUGGGCGUCAUCUUGCUGGUGCUGGCCAUUGGCCAGAUGUUGUCGCGUGCUCUGCCCGUGCAAGCAGCGGCUGCCUAUGUUGCCCCUCCAGCCCCCGUCCCGGUUGUCUACUCGCACUCGCACACGCAGCAACCAGUGUGGCUGGAGAAGGAGUGGUGAAGGAUAAUGCGCCUGCAUGUCUACAAAAGUCUUACCUCAGCGCAGCAUG